UCAUAGAAAACGUAUUUUCAGGCUUUCAUUUCGUGAAGAAUUUUUGUAGGUGAAUGGAUUUUCUUUUGUGCAUAUGAAUGUAUUAACAUCUUAAAAUCAAGUGCAUUUAGUAUUCUCAAAAGAAAAGUUUAAAAGAAGGGAAAAAAAAUCCCGUUUUCCCGUUGAAUUUAAGAGGGAAUUAUGCUUGAGGAUGAAAAUAGUAUUAACAGGCACGUCAUGUAGGGCGUUGCUUUUUGAUUAAAACCAUGGAGUUUCAAAAUGAAGUACCGCUCAACCAAGCGCCACCGCCACCAAUUCCGGUACCGGCAAUUGUGUUCCUAUGUGUGUUGUGUGGCUGUAUCGUAGUGCUUUGUAUCGUGUAUCAACUUCUGAAACGCGACAUGUGUUGCAACAUUGAAGCAGGCAAUGGCGAAGCAGAAAAACAAACUAAAAACGGCUACACAGAACUUACAGAUAAUUUUUACGAGUUCGACGAAACAGAAGGUCGAACGACUGACGAAGACCCGCAAAGCCGCAAAAGUAGUCGCCGAAGUUCUCGACGUAGUAGCUACGAUCUGACGGCGACGAGUCAGUCGGGUGGAGAACUUACAAUAGGUGAUAGCGCUUCCAAUUUGACUGGCAAUGAAUCCAUUGAUAUACGUAUCAGUGGGCCAGAAGAUGAUAUGACCAGACAGGCUGGGAAACUAUUGCUUGAGUUUAAUUACUCUAUAUCGACACAACAAGUGGCUGUCACUGUCAUAAAAGCAGCCGAAGUUCCUUCCAAGGCGCGAGGGGGAGCUUCCGCUAUACAAAUACGCAUGGUUUUGCUACCCAAUAGAAAUCAACGUUUCAAAACGAAAGUUCGACCAGCAUCGAAUCCCAUUUUCAACGAAACGUUUUCUUUCAUGUACAUCGAUCAACUUGCGAUAAACCAGUCAUCGAUAAGGAUUCGUAUUUACGGCCAAGAGAGAUAUAAUCAAGGCAGAUUGAUUGGAGAGUUAAUCUUGCAUUUAAGAGAUAUAGAUUUGUCCAUUGGCAGGGAUGAAGAAGAGAGAAAAAUUUGGUUUCCUCUGUUACCUAGAUCUUUAACGAGCGCCGAUUCAAUGUUCGAUUUAUCCGACAGUACAAGCGUUGCAAGUUUUGGCUCUCCUUUGCUUGGUGGUUCAAACCAGUCACUCACUUCCCACAGUAGUGCUCCAGAGUUACUGGUCUCGCUGUGUUAUGCCUCGCUUACCGGUAGAUUGACUGUAGAAGUUUUAAAAGCGAGUAAUUUACGCUAUCUUCAAAUGCAGAGAGCGCCAGAUUCGUAUGUUAAAAUUGAAGUACUAUCUUCGCGAGGAAAGAGGGUGGCCAAAAGUAAAACAACAAUACGACGUAACAUGACUGCGCCAGAAUAUAACGAAAGUUUCGUCUUUCAAAUGUCAGAACCGGAUUUGCGUGAAGUUACGCUUGUUUUCUCGGUUAUCUGUAUUUCGAAAACUCGUAAAAAGAAAGAAGUGGUUGGUUGGUUUACAAUGGGCAAAGAAGCAACAGGCUUAGAUGAAAUUGAUCACUGGGAAGAAAUGAUAGUUCAAAAAGAACAUAAAACGACACAUUUUCAUCCACUCACAUCUACACACUAACAAAGAUAUAAUAAAAACUUUUGUUUCAAGAAAACAGUGUAUAAAGUAUUACAAUCUAUGAAAUUAAAAAGGAUGAAUCAAAUCUAUCCAAAAAUAAUUCAUGUUUUUUAUGAAUACUCCAAAUUCUUUCAUUUUCCUACAUCAUUUCCGUGUUUACGGAUAAUGAGUGAAAUUGGACAAAAUAAUUUGAAUAUUCUUUUUUUACACUGCAACUGUUAGCUGCAGAGUCUACAAAAUAUAUGUAUUGUUUUUAUGAAAAAAGUCAAAUUUUGAAGCAGAUGUCAAAUUAAAACUCUCCUCCUCUUUUUUUGUUCGGCACUAUAUUCUUUCAAGCAAUGUAAAUAUAACAGUGCCUAAAUAGAAACUUUUCAGUUCGGCACUUACCAAAAGUAAUGUUUUUCCCGCCAAAAAAAGGAAAAAAGAAUUUUUUGCUUUCUUUGUUUACUUAUUUUAAUCACUCACCUACUACAAUUAAAUAUCACGUGAUAACAUUGUUUUUAAAAUGGUACAGUAAGCCGCGUCUGAAAAUUAUUUUUUCUGUAAUGUUAACAAUUUUAUUUCUUCGCUGAGAAUUAAGUCUGUU